GUUUUUCUGGCUAAUAUUUCAAUCAAAAUUUAAGAAAUUCUUUGUCAAAAAUAUGUCAUUUUCCAAUUACCACCCUUAAUCAAUCAGCGUUUCAACAACCUACUGUCUAGCAGCUUUUGUUUUUUGGUUGUCAAAAUUAUUUUACACUGACCCAUUGCGCUUCGGGGGGAGUAUAUGGAGUACAUGGAUCCAGGAUUUGCCAACACCCGACAGUCUGGACCCUGGAAUAUCGGUUGUUUGUCAUGGAAACUCCGGGGAGUGUUUUUUUUCGGGUUGCCCAGACAGUAGAAACCCAAACUCCAGUCCAACUCCCUCACCCAAAUGGCCAAAACUCCGGUUCUGCCAAUGUCUCUGUCUGCAAGCGAAAGAGAAGGAUGAAAGCCACCAGACAGAGAUAGAGAUAGAGAUAGAGGAGAAUAUCCUGGGAGAGACAGUUGGCGAGAGCCAGGAUAACUCCUAUUUUGCAGGGCUGCACUUUUCGACUGCAGAAAAUUUCGCUUUUUCCCAGCCCAGACUUUCGCUGCAGUUUUCAUUUCGGAGCUCAACUUCAGAGGCAACAUCAAAAUCAACAAAUGCAACAACACUAGAACAGUCCAGGAGCCGAAAAAAAAUGUGGCGUGGGAGUAUGUUAGUAAGGCUAAUUGACUUGCUCCUGGAUGGUCCACGGGUGGUAUGAUGAAUGUUUCAAAAAACAGUCUAAUAUUUUUUCAACAAAUCUGAAGAAUAAUAUUAAUAUUCCUAUAACUACAACCCUUUUUUAUUAACAAUCUUUAUUAUUUAUCGAUAGUUAACUGUCAAACCCAAUCACUAAACUAAGUACAUUUUACAAAGUAAUAUUAACCAGAAACAAUAUCAAAAUUAUUUUUAGUUUUUCUUAAGCUUUUCUAUCCUGUUAAUCUGCUAUAAUUGCUCAAGAAAUUGUCUUUGAUCUCUUAAGUUAUGAUUCUGAAACUCUUGAUUGCCUUCAUUUACAUUUCUUUUGGGUUCAUCUGCGUUUAUUUGGUGUGUCUCUGCGCUGUGAUAUGUAUUUACAUUCUUUUUGGCCAAGUUCCACAAGAUUAUUAAUAAACAAAAAUAGUACUGCCUUAAAAUAUAAAAGCUACGAGAGCGUGUCAUGAACCGAUGUUGGCGAACUUCCAAGCUGGUUCUCUUCGAAAAUGUUUCAGCUGUUUGCGAAAUCAGCUCUCAGUGUGUUUUUUGCUCUCGGAGGAAAAAGCUCUGCCAUGGAGGCACACCGGACUAUACUCGACCUGCCGCUGGAGGUGCUCGACUUGAUCUUCCAUCAGCUGCGAAAGCACCACGAAAAACUUAAUUUGGCGCUGGCCCACCCGGUACUGGAGGAAGGCUUCGCCUUCCACAGUCGCCACCUCUUCGAGGAGAUCCGACCAUGGGACAGUCUAAGCUUAGAGUCCUGGGCGAUCCUUCUGAAGUGCUGUGGUGGAAAUGUAAAAAGUUUAACGACCUCGAUGAAAUGGGAUCCUGAAGUGGGGAAGUUGAUCGCAGAGCACUGUCCUUAUUUGGAGAGCCUGUGUUGUUACGUCAAGGACAACAACGAUCAGAGUAUACAGACCUUUUUAUUCAGGAUCAAGGAUCGUCUCAAGUCAGUUGAGAUACAUAUUCCCUAUAAGUCAUAUCCCUCUAUCAUCUGUAGCCUGCUGAAAGUUCCAAACUUAAGAAAACUGACUUAUGUUUCCUGUGAUGGAGCUGAAGUUUAUGAUAUUAAGAAAUUGGUGAAGCUGGAGGAGCUGACAAUCAACACUCGAAUGCGUCUUUGGCACUAUUGCAUAAAUAUUCCCCAAAUAUGUACUCCCCUGAAGAAUCUGCGCACUCUUCAUCUAAUCAACGUGGACUUCAGGCCGGAGGGGAAUAUGUCCUCAACGACUUGGCCCUCCUUGGAGGAACUACACAUCAAGGAUUGUAAAAUAUCUGGCGAAUUCCCGCAAUGCCCCAGGAUCAAGGUGUUCCUGAUCAGUAGAUGCCGUUCCCACUGGGACGAAGUGAUCCAAAAAUUCCUAACCAGACAUGCCAACACCUUGGUGAGACUCGAACUGAACUGCAACCGCCAGCCGAUAACAGACGAUCAGUUUCUGGCUUUAAUGAGAAGUGCCAGAAACCUAAACUAUUUUAACUGCGGACUAGAACAUUCAAAGCUGGAAAGGGAGCCCUAUCUGAGAUCCUUUCUAGCAAUCCUUCGAGACAAUGAAUUUUCCUCCGAGAGACCCUUCGAACUUGUUUCCUACAACCGGAAUUUGAUCAAAAAUAUGAGGCUGUUGCUUCCACAAAUCCCCAAUUCACAGUUAUUAUCCUUAAAAAUCGAGAGAAGAUAGGAGUUCUUGUUAAAUACUUGUUGAAAUUUUUGUGAAAAUAAAAAAAUUGUUUUGAUUCA